AUGCCUGAUCUUAACACCGUACCCGCCUCGCCACAUCCCCUAAACGCCUCUCGGCGCUCUUCCUCUCACAAUAUGCCGCCGCCCCCAGCUCCGGGCCAUUCCUCAGAGUCGCCCUCCCUCAACAUCCUCCCCUCGAACCAGAAUACCGUCAACAACCCGAGUGCCUCUAAUCCGUCUCUUCCGUCGCCAACCAUGGGUCCAGUUGCAGCCACAUCGCCUCCGAUCGCCCCCGAGCCUUCCGUCUCCGGCCCAGGUCCUAUCCGUCACCCACGACCCUUGACCGCAUCCGACCUCCAUAUGCAGCUUGAGAAGGAGCAGGAAGCAGUGGUCAACCGGCUCAUCCGUGAGCUUCAACUCCUUCGCGCCGCACAAAAUGCUUCCGUAGUCUCCAAUGCCUCCUCGACCUCCGCAUCCAACGCCGCCGAGCCACCCGCCGACACCCACCUCCUUUCCGGCGCGGCCUUCUCCACCCCCGCCGUCCCGUCGAAUAGCUCUCGCCGCCACCACCGCACGGCCUCGAAUGCGAGCACACGCAGCCAGACCGCCCUUGCCGGCUCCGCAGCUGCUUCCACCGCGUCCGUCCCGAUCCCCCGUCCCUCGAUUCCCGUUCGCCAGGACAGCGUUGCGUCACGACACAGUCUGUCGUCCUCUCCAGCGCUCUCGCAACAGCACCUGGACCCGAGCGCCAGCGGCAUGACCUAUUUCCAACAGCAGCGACUCCCACAACAGCAGACUGGUACCAGCUCAAUGGUUCCCACGCCAGGAGGAAGCGAAUCACAGCUAUCGCCAGGCCUGAUGCCCGCCACGUCGCGGUAUGAGGAGACGGCGUUACAUAGACAAGAGCUGGAAAAUGCCAAGAAGGAGAAUGAGAUCUUGAAGCAGCGCAUACGCGAGCUGGAAAAGCUGGUCAGGGAGAAGGGUGCCAACGCUGGCCGGGAGAGGAGCGAGAGUAUCAGCAGUGCCACAACCGGAGCCGGCGUGGGCUUGACUCCCGCCAGCGGAGCAGGCGUUGCCGGACGUAGAGAACGGCCGGGUGGUGAGAGGGAGCGGUCUUUGACCACCAUGAGCGUCGCUAGCAGCGUUGCCGUUGGCGUGCCGGAGGAGGAGGUGCAGGUUGGAGAGAGUGCGGCGAGCUCGGGACUGAACCCAUGA